UUCCGUCAAGUACUGAUGCAUUUCCGAUAAUCGCAACACGGCGCCACCAGAGCAACUUGUUUUGGCCGAAUUUCUUUGUUUUCCGCGGUUUUCAAAACAAGCUUAAGCACCACCAUGGUCGAUAAAAUGAGCAUGUCUCUGGACGACAUUAUCAAGCUGAGCAACAAAGGAAGCCAUGGCGGAGGUUCGUCCCGCGCGAGUGAACGUUCAGCUGUCGCCGGUAGCUCCUCGAGGUCGAUGCGGAGUCGAACGAAUAAUUUCAACCGCGAGAGAGGCAACAGGCCUACACCCUACACCAGACCCAGAGAGUUGCCAGACAAAUGGCAGCACGACAUGUUUGAACAGCAUGCUGAUGAACGCAGAGGACAGAGCUCGGGAACAGACAGAAGUACAGAAAAUAGUGCCAAACUAUUAAUUUCCAACCUGGAUUUUGGAGUGUCCGACACAGACAUCAAAGAGCUGUUUGAAGACUUUGGUUCUCUGAGGAAAGUAUUGGUCCACUAUGACCGCUCUGGUCGCAGCAAAGGAAGCGCAGAUAUUUGCUUUGAAAAUACAGCAGAUGCAAUUGCAGCCAUGAAGCAUUAUAAUGGAGUCCCUCUAGAUGGUCGCCCUAUGAAGAUCGUACAAGUGACAACAGAUGUCGACUCAGAAAGUAGAACAUAUGCACAGAGCUCCUACAGAGGCUUUGAUAGGAGCAGGCUCGGUCAGCCCACGUUUGAUAGGAGUGAUAGAUAUGAAAGGAGUGAAUGGAGUGAAAGAAAGGAAGGCGGCAACAGUGGAGGUGCAAGGAGUUGGGGAAGUGGGAGAGGAAGAGGGAGGGGAAACAGACCCCAGCUAUCAGCUGAAGAGUUGGAUGCCCAGUUGGAUGCUUACAAUGCUAUGGCGAACAACAAUUAGCAUUUUGGAACGAAGCCUGAUAUCAACUUUUUUUUUUCUUUUUAAAUCAUCAUGGGUCGUAUUUCUUUUUUGUUUAGAAACCACUUUGCUGUAUGGAACAAUGUGUUCUAUUUUAAAAUACAGUAUUUUACUGUUCUUGAUUCGAUGUUAAAGUCAGGUUAUCUUUGCUGGGAGCCCAACACUUGCUCUUGCUCCCUAAAUAGCUCUCAAACUUUAAAAUGUAAGAUAAUUUAGUACUUUAAUACCCUUUUGUGUUAAAUUUUCAUAAUUUAUCACUUGGUACUGUAUACUUGACAUGUGAAUAAACAUCCCAGGGUUUUGUACAUAAA